GGGCACUGUGCGGCCGAACAGCGUAAGGAGUGGACUCCUUGGUAGACGUUUCGACCAGUGUUUCGCCCGAUUUUACUACAAAGGUGUGAGGAAUGUUUUCUUGGCACACCAUGGGUCCUCUGAAAUCGGUAGACAUUUGAACAGAAGGGCUUACCUAUGUAUUGUGACCAAGUGCAUCCCUUCAUGCAGCUGCUUAAAUUAUGGCAGAAGGACACUUUCAACAAGACAAGAAACCCUGCCGCAAGGGUUGUAUAAUCACGGAUUUGUUCCAGUAUCAAGACAGCAAAUUUUCAAUGUUUCCCUGGCCUUCACAGUCCCCAGAUCUUAAUCCUAUAGAACAUCCCUGGGUAAAGGUAUAAAACAGCAGUUUAGAACAUGUCAGUCCCUCCAUGUAAUUUGAGAGAAAAUAUCCUAUGAAGAUUGGACCAAGAUUCCUGCCGAGUAUUUUCAGCACAUAGUGCUGUGCCAGAAAGAAUUGCUGCAGUUCUGGAGGCCAAAGAAGGUCCAACAUGCUAUUAAAUGGGUGUACUUAAGCCAGAUACACUGUGUCCUAUAAUAGGAUGUUGCUGGAACGUAUGUGGAUGUUGUUGGAAUGGCCGCAGAGUUGCAGCAGCAGUACAGGAUGGAUUGUGGGCGACGGAACCGAACGGCCUUCAGGAUUCAAGUAGAGAAAGUGCACGGGGUAAUAUGCAGCGAGUCUGGUCUGUCUGCUUUGGAAGAGAAACAUUUGGCCAAAAGAGCAAGACACAGCCAGGAGGAUGAUUGUUAUUAUGUUCAAGAGAUGUUUGACCCGGUCAGGGUGACACACUUUAGUGAGGGCAGCAGUAUCCUAGAGGACACUACAGACAGUGACGGAGACAUCUCAGAGCGCGAGAUCGCUGAACAGGAGCAUGUCCGGCUUUGACACACGUGCCCUGCGCUGACCAGUACCGCCAGCAACCACAACACGUGGAGACGUAAUCCUCUUUAACUACUUGUCCUUCCUCCAUGUAUAUACACUCAAAACUCCAGUUUAGAGUGGUCAAUGGCACUUACGCCAGCACACUGUACCGGUUUGAUCACCUGUAGUCAGAGAUGCACGGACCCGUUGGUGCGUACGCGUAACUCGGAGCGGGUGCUGCUCUCCAAGGUUAUGCUGCUGCUUACUGUCACUCUCUCACGAGCACAAGUCCUCGUCUACUUUAACAAGGCUAAGUCACUGAUAAUGUAAUAACAAACAUGUUUGACAAAAUACUAGGUCAUGGUUUGCAGUCUAAAGUCCUUCUGACUUGCUGAGAGUUAGCCUGAUUUGAUUUAGCUUGUUCUUAACCUUUGUUUAGUAUGUUACAUAAAAGCUCAUGGAAAUAUUUCAGAUGUAACAUAAAUGUACCUGACCAUUUUCACUGAAAGAGACUGGUAGCUACAGGAUUACAUGAAGCUACAAUCAGAAUCGAUUUCUAGUCACCGAGCAUUAUUGUUGUGAAUAAUUAGAAUUUAAAUUAAUUCAUAUUUUGUUAAUUAUGUAAAUAAGUUACAAUCUUGGAAGAUAGUUUGUAUUCUGUUUCUAUAUGACAGUUAUAUAUUUUUUUGUUUGUUUGUUUGUUUUCUUAGUGUAAAUCAUGAUCUUAUAGUUUGUUUUCUAAGUGUGUUUCCAAAUUGCCUUUGACUGCUGUAUGCCUAAUUGCAGCAUUUAACCCCUCAUUUCGUCUCUAAUUUUUGACAUGUACUCUUGUCUUGCAUAAGUGGAAAGUCGAUCAGCCCCCGUUUAAAAAUGGUGAGCUUUUACUGUCACGUUAAUAACAUCACGCACGCGCACACCUAAUGCUUUGACUGUCCUGCACUUUAAAUAUCUUCUGCACAUAAUGGAGGGUGUGCAUAGUUACCAGUUCCCUUCGUGCAAAAGGGUUGUCUUAGGUUACUGUAAAGUCUAACGCACAUUUGGAAUCCUUUCUUUUGCUGAGAUGUUACUAGCUCACAUGAUACUCAAAAAUGAGCACAAUCAUCGAAAUGCGGACAUCAUUGGGUACAGGGGUGCCUAGCCAUAGUCAUGAAUAACUGAAUAUAAAAGGCUGAACAAUCUACUAUAAGCAAUUGCAUAUUUCAUUAGGUUUUUGUUUUUUUUUAAUAGGCUGUAGUAACUUCAGGAGCUCAGGCAGGGGAACAUUAAUAUUUAUGAGUGGCUAUGCCACACCCACUGAAAUAAAAGCUGAGGAUGUCAUUGCAGAGGUAGGAGAAGCCAGAGCAGAAUAUUACAGAAUAUUACAUUAUUACAUUGCUUGAAUAGUGGCUCUGUCUGCCCUGGGGGUAUUAUUGAAACCCAAAGGCU